GAGUCCAGUCUGCCUUGGCUUGUCGUGUGCUUUAGGUGGUGUGCGGUCUUCUGCCGGUCUUCUACCAAGUUGUGUUCUAUUCACCUUAUUAGUGCGCGUUGUUUCUUUCAUUUAAAUACCAUUUAAAAUCGAAAGAGAUCUGUAACAUAUAAGGUUGAGAACAUUAAAAAAGUUAUUCCCCCAGUGCGGGCAUAAGUGACAUCAGUGCGUGAAAUUAAAAGGGAUUCGAAGGACAGAGAACGAUCGCGAUCGAUCGAUAUAUCGAUUUAACCUAUCGAUAUAUCGAUAGUGCGACGCCAUGUCGACGCAAGCCUAUUACAAGGAUAGGCUCGGAUUCGACCCAGGAGAUGCUCUGGAUGAGGGAGGAGUCUUCGAUAAAUCGAAACAGGGUUACGAAGAGAACCUAUCCAAGUUCAAAGGUUUGUGGGCCCAUUUUAUCGACUUUACAGGAGACGAACGAGAUGCCAUCCAGAAGAAGACCUUCACUAAGUGGGUCAACAAGCACCUAAAAAAGCAUUGGAAGUAUGUCAAGACCUAUACGUGUCUUCAUGUGUGUGUGGACUCAGGCAGCGGUUCCUGUUGCCCACAUGUCGCCAACAGACAUGUCAACGAUCUUUUUCUCGAUCUUCAAGAUGGACACAAUCUCAUCUCAUUGUUGGAAGUGCUCUCUGGAGAACACCUGCCGAGAGAACGGGGGAAGAUGCGUUUCCACAUGUUGCAGAACGUGCAAAUGGCGCUCGAUUUUCUCAGGUACAAGAAGAUUAAGCUGGUUAACAUCAGAGCCGAGGAUAUCGUUGACGGAAAUCCGAAACUUACUCUGGGACUGAUUUGGACCAUCAUCCUCCAUUUCCAGAUUUCCGACAUUGUGGUUGGCCAAGAACCGAAUGUAUCCGCCAAGGAGGUGUUGCUGAGAUGGGCGCGUCGCUCCACCGCCAAAUACCCAGGAGUCAAAGUCUCAGACUUCACCCAGUCUUGGAGGGAUGGACUGGCUUUCAAUGCCCUCAUUCACAGAAACAGACCCGACCUUAUUGAUUGGAGAAACAUCCGUUCACGCCAAGUCAGAGAUCGUUUGGAGAAUGCAUUCCACGUUGCUGAACGAGAGUAUGGUGUCACAAGGCUGCUUGACCCUGAGGACGUGGACACGCAUGAAAUCGAUGAGAAGUCUAUCAUCACCUACAUCUCAUCGCUUUACGAUGUAUUUCCGGAGCCUCCUGCAAUGCAUCCUCUUUACGAUUCUGAGUCACAGUCUCGAGUUUCCGACUACAGAGAUCUGGCAUCCGGUCUCACUCUGUGGAUGAGAGAGAAGACCGCACUGAUGUCCGACCGAAACUUCCCGCCGACCCUCAUCGAAAUCAAGAAGCUAGUCGCUGAAUCCAACCGGUUCAGAACCGAGGAGAUACCGGCACGACAACGGGAUAAGACACGCCUCCAAAACACCUUCAGAGAUUUGCAGAGGUAUUUCGAAUCAGUUGGAGAAGUCGACGUCGAGCCAGAGCUGCACAUUGAUAACAUCGAAAGAAACUGGAACAGAAUGAUGAUGGCUCACUCUGAACGCGACCAUGCGCUACAGGAUGAACUGAAAAGAUUGGAGAGAUUGCAAAAGCUGGCUGAGAAAGUGCAUAGAGAAAUGAAGCGCGUGGAUACCCGGCUGGAGGAUUUGGAAUCUCGUGUGAACGAAGAGGCUCGUCGUCUGGACAGACUCCAUCCAUUGGACGCGAAACGCAACGUCGACGUUUUGGAGGAAGAACUGCGAGCUACCGAAGAAAACAUUCAAACUUUGUUUAAUGAUGUCACUACCCUUAGAGAAGGACACUAUCCGCAGGCAUCCGACCUCCACAAGAGAGUGCAAAAGCUUCACCAGCGUUGGGUGUCGUUGCGGUCUCUGCUGCAUUCGAAGCUCAUCCAGCCACUGGCGUCGCUUUCGUUUCCUGUAGUGGAGGAGCGCACAGUCACCAGGCAGACUCGGACUGUGCUCGAAACAAGGCUCGUCGACACCAAUGUGCACUUCCGUCAACUGCACGACUGUCUGGAUUGGUGUAAGAGUAAGAUGAAACAAUUACAGGAAGCUGAAUUCGGCUCAGAUCUUCCCGGUGUUGAAGCCGAAUUGGAUCUACACAGAAGAGAACAUAAGAGUAUUGAGCAAUUCCAUACUAGAGUCGAGCAUUGCAUCAACGCCAAGAACAACUUCCAUGGCGAUGAACUGAGUCUUUACGUCCAGCACUUGAAUGUGCUCCAGAAGAACUACGCUGAACUGCUUUCAACAUCCAGCAGGAGACUCACCGAUCUGGAAACGCUGCAUGAUUUCCUGCAGUCAGCCACCAACCAACUGGUUUGGCUCAACGAGCGCGAAGAGACUGAAGUCACUCGCGACUGGAGCAGUCGCGAUAUCAACAUUCCUGCUUUGGAGCAAUAUUACGAGUCUCUGAUGAGUGAGUUAGAGAAGCGCGAAAUCGGUCUAUCAUCGGUGCAAGAUCGUGGAGAAGCUCUUCUGCUACAGCAGCACCCGGCAGCUAAAUGCAUUGAGGCAUUCAUUGCAGCUAUUCAAGCUCAGUGGGCUUGGUUAUUACAGCUUGUUCUCUGCUUGGAAACACAUCUGAAACAUGCAGCCUACCAUCAGCAUUUCUUCAAAGAUGUCCGUGAAAUCGAAGCUUGGCUCAACAGGAAAGACGAACUUCUCAAUACAACCUACAGUCAAUCUGAGUUCACGUUGGAUGAGGGAGAGGCGCUGCUGCGAGGCCUCGGUGAGGUGAGAGAUGAGCUGAACGCACAAGGAGAGCUGGUGUCAUCUCUGGAGAAGCGCGCGCAGAAUGUUGUGCCACUGAAGCAACGCAGGCAACCGGUCGCGCGUCCAAUGCCCGUCCUUGCCGUCUGCUCUUACAAUCAAGGAGCCGUUCGCAUAGAGAAGGGCGAGCAAUGGAUUCUGCAUGACAACUCCGGGCGAGUGAAGUGGCGCGUCUCGAACGGGUCGACUGGAUCGGACUGCAAUGUGCCCGGAGUAGUGUUCCUCAUCCCACCUCCAGACAGGGAAGCACUCGAUGCCUUGGAGCGUCUCAGGAGACAGUUCGAACGCUCGCUUGCUUUGUGGCAGAGGAAGCAGCUGAGAAUGAGGCAGAACAUGAUCUUUGCCACAAUUCGUGUCGUCAGAGGAUGGGACUUGACUCAGUUCUUGGCAAUGGGAGCUGAUCAACGCAACGCUAUCCGCAAGGCUUUGAACGAGGAUGCUUCAAAACUGCUGUCAGAGGGUGAUUCAUCGGAUCCUCAACUGCGCAGAUUGAGACGUGAGAUGGAUGAUGUCAAUCGUCUUUUCGAUGAAUUUGAAAGGAGAGCUCGUGCUGAAGAGGAAAGCAAAAAUGCCGGCAGAAUAUUCAACGAUCAAGCGACAGCUCUGACGGCCUCCCUGGAUGAAGCCGAACGCACACUCAACACACGACUCAACAGUCCUGUACCACGUGACCUGGACACUCUGGAGCAUCUGGUGGUGCAACACAAGGACUUCGAACAGACACUGAAGUCUCUGGCGCCUGAUUUGGAGACCGCUCAGGCCACAUUCAAGAGCAUCACUAGAAAAACGCCCGCGCAGCAACAGCGUCUUGACAAGCUUCUGUCGCAGUGGAACAAUGUUUGGAAUUGCUCGCAUCUCUAUGUUGAGAGACUCAAAUGUGUGGAAAUGCUGCUCAGCAGUCUGGAUGAAGCAAACACAUGCCUAUCCGAUUUCGAACUGCGACUUGCUUCCUUUGGAGAAAUGCCUUCCAACCUAGAAUCUCUACAACGGGUUCACGAGGAACUCAUCCGUCUCCAGAAAGACGUGAGUCGGCAGCAGCCAGCUGUAGAUCAGCUGAUAGAGGAUGGAGCAAAUGUGCGCAGAGUGGUUGACAAGUCCCGUGCUCAUUUGCCACCCAGAGGUGCGCCUCAUCCGGACAUGGAACGUCUAGACACCGAUCUUCACCGUCUCACACAGCGAUGGAACAAUAUCUGUUCGCAACUUAUGGACAGAUUGCGCUCUUGUGAAAAUGCAUACAGCAAUUUGACCAAGCUGGCCAACUCUUACCAAACCGAAGUCACAUUUUUGGAUACGAGCUACAAUCAACUCAACAGCUUAGCACCUAUCAAAUCACAAGCUAAGGAACACAUCGAACCGACCAAGGCACUGUUCAACAGUGUAAUCGAACGAACUAGCGUCAUCGAGACCGUAAAUAUCGAUGGAGGAAGAUUCAUAAGGGAAGCCAAGAUCUACAACCGUAGCCUGCAGAAGUACAGAGAGUGGCUAGUGGAGGACGUCCACCCCAGCCUGGACGCCUCUUCGCCGGCUGCGACUAGUCCCGGGUCCGGCGGCGAGGCGGAUGUCGCCAGGGACUUGGAUAUCCUCAACCAUCGGUUCCAGGCGCUAGUCUCCAUUCUUCAAGAUCGCAUGAAGAAGUUGGCCGAGAUGAAUCCUCAUGACACUGAAUUUCAGGAGUUUGCUUCGAACAUUGCAACGAAGCCGUUGCGUACAUUCCGGACAGAAUUCAACAUCUACGAAAGUUCGGGUAAUAGUGGCACCGAUCAUCUAGGCGUUAAACACUCAUCGCAAACUAGGAUAUCUACGUCAGAUCUUACUGAUCCCGGAGGUACCGCAGGCGAAGGAAAUAUUACAAAAUCGGUCGCUUCAGUUCGCGUAACGCGCGGUAGUAGCAAAGAGAAAAUAAUUAAGACUGUUGAUAGUGAAUCGACUAGUCCGAUGGGGGCAAAUGCGAGUAAAACAAAUGGGGAAACAAAUGUGGGAACUACGAUGCGUUUCUCAGAGAUCCGCUCUUUGCGAAGGGUGCAAAGGGUCGAAGAAGGGAUAGGCACGGAUGCAAUGCUCGAUAUGCCCGGUAUAGUUCACCCACAAACCGGCGAGUUAUUGACAGUGGGCGACGCUGUUCGACUACGUAUUCUCGACGUUAGGACUGGUCGUAUUAAUACAGUCGUAGAAUCAAAACCAGUAGCUUUAACAAUCAAAGAAGCGGUAGCUAAGGGUCUAGUCGACCCAGGUCUAGCCGAUAGGUUAUUAGGUCCGUCAGGAAUCACGGUUGGAUCAGAGGAUGCUCCUGAUGGACCGAAAGAGCAGAUAUCGUUGUUGGAAGCAAUCCAACGUGAGCUUUAUGAUGCUGAAAGGGGACCUCAUGAAAGAGUCAAGGUAAGAGAAACAAGCAAAACUGGAAAAACUAUAACUGAAGCAGUAAAAGCAGGCGUUUUAGAUGUCGAAUCAGGUCGUUACACCAUCGAAUCUGGACCUAAAAAGGUUAUUGAGUUGACAGAGGCAUUCAGUUCUGGAAAAUUAAUCACAGGACGAAGAUCAACUAAUCAGGGUAAGAAGAAACGGGGCUUAUCUCUCAGUGACACUGUUGAUCUGGGACUUUUUGAAUCAAACUCCGGCUGUAUUGUAGAUAGGAAUGAUGGAUCAAAGCAUGAUCUUGAAAAAGCUGUGGAAUUCGGCCUACUAGACUCGAAUGUGCGUGAAAUUGUCGACGUUAUUGAAGAUGAAAAGAUCACUCUAUCAGAAGCUCUUCAGUCAAACAUAAUGUCCGAUAAUAUGUAUCAACAUCGUUUGUCAAGUGAAACUCUUCCUUACAAAGAAGCAAAAAGGAGACAGCUGAUUGUUCGACCCAUGACUCUCAAAGAUACUGUCGAUUUGGAAAUCUAUGAUGAAGGUAGGAUCCGUUCUCCUACACACAGAGCAAAGAUAUCAAUAAUUGACAGCAUUUCUCGUGGAGUAUUAGAUUCUGAUGAAAUAAAAUGUGUUGUUAAAACACCAAGCCAAGAACUGUUGACAUUAUCGGAGGCGUUAUCGGAAGGAAUAAUACGACCAGAAGGUAUCUACAGAGACAAAGUCACUGGCCAAAAUCUAACAAUACCUGAAGCUGUUGAGAAAGGCUUAAUAACUUCGGUCUGUGUCAAAUCGAUUUUUGAUAUCGACUGUUUCAAAGACACAGCCAACAAUCAAUUCUUGAGUUUGAAUAAAGCAUUCCAAACAGGUGUUCUCAAUGAGAAAGGCCAAUUUUUGGAUACAAAAACUGGUCAGCUAGUUCCAUUUGAGGAGGCCGUUAAACAAGAUUUGAUACGUCCAGAAGUAUUAGAGAUGCUUAAUCGUAAAAUUGGUAUGAAAUCACGAUCAGGGAGAGAGCUUACUGUUUUCGAUGCAGUGAUUAAAAAUCUCAUCGAUCCUCAAACUGGCAAUAUUCUGGAGAGAAGAACUAGAAAAGUUCUACCGUUGCAGGAUGCAGUCAAGCAUGGAGCUAUUACUGUUGAGGGUGCUAGCUUACUGAAAAGUCUCCUAAGUAUAUCAUUGACCACGCAGACUGUUACAAAAACUAUUAAUCGUUAUUCAACAAACAUUACUAUCAUUCCAGAAUCUAACACAAUUGAGAAAUGGGAAGAUGAGAAAAAUUUGGGAGCAGUCAAGAGAAAAUCUUCAUCUCCAUUGAAAGAGACCUUGAAAAAGGCACUUGACUCAUUGGCUACUAGAUCGCCAUCACCAAAAAAGAUGCAUAAAGAUAGUUCUCCAACUUUAGAAUCAGCGCAACAAGUGCCUAACACAGCAGAAGAUAAACAGGUUUAUGAGCUGCCUCCAAACGGUUGGUUCUUGUCAGAAGCAAUAGAGCAUAAACUUUUCGAUCCAGUAACCGGUCUGUUCAUAAUCCCUGGUACAGAUAGAUUGGUAUCUUUUGAAGAAUGUGUAAAGUUGGAAAUUAUUAAUCCGAAAUCAGCCCUUGUUGUUGAACCAAAUCGAAAUCGAAACAUAUCAUUAGGCAGAGCUCUAGAAAAACGAAUCUUGGAUGCUACUGGCCACUACCACACUUCACCUCAAGAUAAGAAGAAAACUAUGAAAGAAGCAAUUGCCAAUAACUUGGUCAUAUUUGAGACCGGUAUGGAGAUGAAUUAUGAUAGCUCGAGAAAAAUUCAAAUAACAAAGGUUUCUGGGGGUCCAGAUUUAGUUGAAGUUGGUGAAAGAGGUACAGAUUCAUUCAAACAGAUUCGUGGUUCAGAUCAUGAAACAACUCCUCCUGAACCUUUACGUGUGUCCAAAGACAUAAUUUUUGACUCGUCUACGGCCUUAGUUAUCAAUACUGACUCAAACCAAGCCAAGGAUAUAUUUGAAGCAAUAAAAGACAAAGAAAUCGAAUUAGAUAAAGUAUUGGUUAAGGAUCCUAACAGUGGCAAGAAUAUGACACUUCCAGAAGCUAUCAAGAAAGGAAUUGUGGAUGAGAAUACAGGGUGCUAUAAAGAUGCUGCUGGAAGAAGUAUUGGUUUUGCAGAUGCAGCAAAGUUUGGAGUGAUAGCAGUUAUUGGAGCUCCACUCGUAGCUGCUGGAAAAGCUGUUGAAGUUUUAAAAGAUGUAUUUGGUAAUGAUCCGCCCAAAACAGGUGGUGAGGCAAGUAGAAGAAGAAACUUGGAAGAUAUUACUGAGGAAAUAAAUAGUCAGAUAACAAAAACUCCUGUCAUCGGAUCAGAGGAAAUUGAACCAUUGUCUGAAAAUAUUGUACCUAGUAGUUCUGUGCAAAGACCAAUGAGUCCCACUUAUGAUGACGUAUUCAAUGAAUCUCCUGUCCUAUCUGAGGGUGAACUGACUAGAGGGAGAGUGACGACAGAACCCAAGUAUAAGGUUUCAAUUGGAAGAGCCCGAUCACUUUCCCAAAGUCCUGAUCGUGAAGGUAAACCUGUUAUCUUGCAGAAGAUGAGACGUAAAGUUGUUAAACCAUGUGAGGCUGUUCAAGAAGGCCUGAUUGAUGAAGCUACAGCUAGUAUUCUAGAAAAUUUCAUUGCACCUGAUGGAGAAAGUAUUAAAGAGGCUGUAGAAACGAAAAUGAUUGAUGGUAAUACUGGAGCUAUCAGAGACCCACAGCGAGGAGACCUUCUUACCAUCAAAGAAGCUCUGAAUCGUGGUCUUUUGGAUUCGUCUGGCUCGAGUGGCUCAAAUCGAUUAUUAAUUCCUGUGGCUAGAAGCUUGUCUGUCCCAGCUGUUCUGGAGCAGGGUCUGUAUGAGAAUGGAAAGAUUGUCCACCCAGAAACCGGAGCACACUUGAGCUUGAAGGAAGCCAUAACUUGUGACAUAGUCGAUCCACUUUCUAGGAUUAUUGAGCCAGGCUCCGGCAAUGAACUUACAUUACAAGAAGCAAUAGAUAAAGGCGCUGUCGAUGAUUUGACAUCCAGAGUCAAAACUCGUCGCGGCUCUUUAGAUUUAUUGACAGCAGUUAAAACUGGUGAUUUCUUUGAAGAAUUAGAAGCUUCUUCAAAACUGCCACCAGCAGGUAUGACAUUUUCUGUGGCUUUGAAACGUGGAUUGAUUGAUCCAAAAUCGAAAGAAGUAAUCCACCCUAUUACUGGCUACCGAAAACCAAUUGAAGUAGCAAUCGAUGAUAAUUUUAUCAUGUCACUACCGGGGCCUAUCUCACCCGAUAGCAUCAGUGUAAGUGAUGCUUUGAGUUUGAAUCUUAUCGACACAGCUAAUGCUGUUUUUAUUCAUCCGAUAACAAAGGAUAAGAUUCCAAUUUCAGAAGCGGUUGAGACAGGUUUGUUGAUUCUCAAACCACAGGACGAUGUGAAAAAUAUAACUAUUGUCACUGAGACUGUGACAAAGAAAAUGGUUGAAAUAGAUACCGGCUAUGAAAUCGAUGGUGGAAAUAUCAUUAAUUUGAAAACUGGUGAACAAUUAUCUGUUGAUGAAGCUGUUAGAAGGGGCAUUGUUAAACAUACACAACCUGAGCAUCCAUCAAAUGAUGAUAUGGAAGUUUGUGAUGUUAAUAGUGCUCCAUUUGGCAGCCCAUCCAAGGUUUCGAGCGAAAGAAUCUUGAAAAAGACCAGCUCACCAGAGAAAUUAACUGCUAUAGGCAAUUUGCUUCCUGAGGAUAUAGUAGGAAAGCUUUAUGACCCAGAAACAAAGAAGUUCAAAGAUCCCAAUAAUCCAAGUAAACAAUUGACUUUGGAGGAGGCUAUCAAUCGUGGAAUCAUUGAUCCACAGGACAUGUUAGGAAAGCUAUAUGAACCAGAAACAAAGAAGUUCAGAGAUCCCAAUAAUCCAACUAAACUAUUGACUUUGGAGCAGGCUAUCAAUCGUGUAAUCUUUGAUCCUGUCCAUUGUGAAUCAAUGUCAAAAGAUUCAACUGAAGUGGGAGUAAAUGAUCAGAAGAGUGGCAGAAAACAUUCAAAACCAUCUUCCGACAUUAACGUUAAAGACGCUGCUAAAUUAGGACUUUUGGCAGUGGUCGGUGCUCCAGUACUUGCUGGGAAAGCGGUAUUUGAUGCUGUAAAGGGAAUAGGAAAGGGAAAACCAUCUGAAAAAGUUCAAAUAGUGCCCACUGAGCUGUCUUUGAAUUUGUCUUCUUCGUCACCAGACUCAACUAAAAAUACUGAAGACGAAUCUACCAGAAAUAGAGAAAAGGUACAUGGUGAUCGCAGUUCUAGAAAGGGAUUUGUUGAACCAGAAUCAACAAUGAUUAAAAUUGGUGGCAAGGUUCUCACAUUCGAGCAUGCAGUUGAGGAUGGUAUCAUAGACCCCAAAACUGGUCUCAUCAAGUGCAACAAUACUAAAAUCAACUUCCAAGAGGCGCUUGAACGUGGAAUAUUGAUUAAAGUCAAACGUCCUAUUUCAGUGAUUGAAGCUGUAGAGAAAGGAAUCUAUGAUGAAGAGUCUGGCAUGUUUGUUGAUCCCGCCACUGGUGAAAUGUUGAGCCUCCAGGAAGCAAUCGAAACUAACCUCAUCGACCCAGAAUCAGUCAGAGUAAAAGAUACUAGAAAUCCCGCCAGUCCAAGAACAUUGACUCUGAAAGAAGCUAUUGAAAAAGGUUUAAUAGAUGGAGAAAGCGGAAAGGUUCUCGAUUUCAACUCGCCCAGCGUUCCUGAGCUGUCGUUACGUGAAGCAAUGGACAAAGGUAUAUUAUUAAUGAAGAAACCAUCGACAGAUAAAGAAGGUGAGAAAGUGAUAGUUCCUAAGGAUUUGAAAGAAUGCACUUUAGGAGAGGCGAUCAUGUAUAAACUUAUCGACCCUGCUAUCGCUGUUGUCAAGAACCCACGCACUGGUGCAUUCAAACUAUUGAAAGAAGCCAUUAAAGAUGGUUUGAUCGAUGUUGAUAAGAAUGUAGUGUUUGAAUCACAGCAUACAAAAAUAGAACCGUUGAUGGUGAGUUAUGAUAAUGGAGCAUUCACAAUAUUCCUUAAAGAACCUUUGAAGUUUGAUAAAGCGGUGGCAGAUAAACAUCUUGAUUUGAAAACUGGGAAGUUAGAAUUACCUUCUUUCAAAGAAGUAAUGAAUCUUGAUGAAGCAAUCAUCGUCGGCUGUAUUGACCCAGAAUCUGUUUUGGUCAAAGAUACAGCUAAAACAAAGUUGCUGAAAGUACCAGAGGCAAUUCGUAAAGGGUUGAUGGAUUCGGUGAAGUUCAAUGUGGUAGAUACAGCUUCUUCGAAACUGUCAAGCCUCAGUGCUGCUCUAGAUAACGGCCUGAUGACAACCCAAGAUCUCUCGCUAAUUGACUCUCUCGAUUAUGGCCUGUACAACCCAACAAGUGGCACAUUCACGGACCCUUUCUGUUCUGCCGGUGGAGUAGUUGGUCGACGAAGGUUGACUUUGUCUGAAGCUAUUCAGGAGCACUUAGUAGACGCGUCAACAACUGUCAUUAAAGAUCCUUCGACUGGUGACAUAUUUAGUCUGAAUAAUGCAAUAUCAAACGGUUUAUUAGAUGCUGAUAUCGGGCGUAUGCAUGAAGCAAAGACUGGCAAACUGCUAGAUCUUUUACGAGCAAAGCAGAGAGGCUACAUAUUACCGGCAGAAACCAGGCAAGCCAUGGAGGAGAAGUACAAGCUGUGUGAGGAGGUGCUGUCCCAGCUGUUGGCUUGGAUUUCGGAGGUGGAAGACAGAUUGGCCAAUCAGGAUGUUGCCCAGGAGAACACAGAACAUCUCAGAAAUCAAAUCAACAUACUGAAAUUGCUGAAGGAAGAACUAGACUCCCAACAACGCUCUGUUGCCAAUUGUCUGGAUCAGGUGAGAGUGAUCGUGACUACUGGAGGCGAGUACUUGUCGCGUGAGGAAGUAGCCAGUCUUGAGAGAAAUGGAAAGUCGCUGAGAACUCGGUACGACCGAGCCACAGACCGCACUGAACGUCUGCUCAGGAGACUGAUUGCUGCUGGAGAAGAACUCAGCAAAUUCAAGUCAGAGCUAACCGUCUUCUCCAACUGGUUGGAGCAAGCAAGAAGAUCGCUGGAUGAUCGUGAGCAGUGUCUUGCAAGUUUGAACAGAACGGAUGCUUCUGGCGAACAGACCAGAGAAUUUGUUUCGGAUGUGAUCGCUCACCAGGCCGACCUGCGUUUCAUUACAAUGGCUGCUCAGAAAUUUGUUGAUGAAUCAAAGGAGUAUCUGUCUUGCUUGAAUGAGUUUAGGACUAGUUUGCCAGCCAGGUUGCCGCAUAUUGAACCAAUAUCUGCGCACGAUUCAGCAGUCCGUAACAGUGUAGUAACAGUCACCUCGCAAUACAAAGAUCUGCUGAAUGGUGCCAAUGCGCUGGCCGAUAAACUGAGUGGAGUCGGAGGGCGUCAACGGGACUACCGCGAUGCGCUGGAUAAAGCCCGCUCCUGGAUGAGGGAUGCCGAAGGUCGCGCUAAUAAACUGCUGAGCGAGCCUUUUGCUGCCGAUCCUCACACUCUCCAAGAUCAACUGGGACGCGCCAAGGCUUUGAAUAAUGAGUUCGUCGCGCAAGGAAGACUCAUCGAUAAUUUGAAAGCGGCCCUGGAUAGUCUCGUGCGUGCUGUUGAGGGUCAAGUAUCGGGAGCAGAGAUUGCCGCCCUUCGCGAACCUGUCUUCGACCUUGAGAACAAAUACACGCAGCUUUGCGAUGCUCUGGGUGAGAGGUGCAAACUGCUGGACACAGCACUGGUGCAAAGCCAGGGAGUGCAGGAUGCCCUGGAUUCGCUUCUCGCGUGGCUGUCAUCGGCCGAAUCUAGACUCAAAGAUGCUCUUCGACCUGUCAGCCUCAACAAAGACCGGUUAGUACAAGAACGCUGCCUGAAGCUGGGCGACCAGCUGUCCGAAAUCCAGUUGUCGCUCGCGCAGUUCACGACGAACGCGUCGCAGCUGCAGAGAUGGCUGAACGAAGCCAUGGAGACGGCACAGGACACAACCGGAGCUGGUCUCGAGGAAUUGGUCGCGCAGCGCGAUGCCAGACGCGACAAGUUCGAGUCGACUGUGCGCGAAGGAAAGGCGCUUGUCAACAGGAAUGACGUCACCGACACUGGUCUGGUCAGGGACCAGGUCAAGGCCAUUGAAACUCAGUGGAAGGAAUUGAACCAACUUCUCGAUGAGAAACUUCGACUUGGCAAAGCUCGUACUGAACAACAACUAGCCUACGAACGACUGAGGGAUCAGGUGCAUGCCUGGCUCGUCACCAUGGAGACCAGAGUUGGUCGUCUAGAGCCGGUAGCUGUCGAUGUGGAAACCGUCAAGCGCCAAGCAGAAGAGCUCAAACCUCUCCUCAAAGAUCACAGGGAAUAUGCAUCCACUAUCGAUAAGCUGAACGAUCUCGGUCAAGCACUUGACUCACUCACCCGGCCUGAGUCUCCCACAAGACGCAGGUCUUCGGUCAGCCCGGUGAAGCGAGCAUCGGUCACUGCACGCCGCACUUCCCAGGAUGUGGGAUCUCCAUCUCCCACCAAGAUGGGAUCUUUCUCAUUGCAAUCACCUCUGUCACCUGGAGGCUCAAGUGGUUUUGGAAGCAGAAGAUCAUCUCCCGAAAACUUCCAUCUGGAAGAGAUGACACCCGUCCAACAUGAGCUGAACGAGGUGAACAACCGUUACUCACUACUGGGAGUACGUCUGUCUGACCGACAGUCCGAAAUCGAUUCAUUGAAAGAUGAACUUCGCAAACACGCCGAUCAUCUGCGUCAACUUUCGCAGUUUCUGGAUAAGGUUCAGAGAACCCUACCCAAAGAGACUAUCGCUCAGACAAAAGACGAAGCUGAGAAAACUUGCCGUGCCGCCAGAGCUGUGCAAGAAGAGAUGUAUGAGAAACAGGCGCUUCUUGAGAGCACCAAGGCGGGAAUUACCGAUCUCCUGCGCAGGAAGGGAUCAGUGGCCGGAGCUGACCGUCUCCACGACGAGUUGCAGGAUGUUGUCUCAAGAUGGCGUGCCCUCCAGGAUGCUUGCAAGAAUAGAAUCGCACUGAUGGAAGGUCUGAAGGACUUUUACGACACCCACGAUAACCUGUCCAGCUGGCUAGCAUCUAAGGAUAGAAUGAUCACAGUUCUGGGACCGAUAUCUAGCGAUUCGCGUAUGGUUCAAAGCCAGGUACAACAGGUACAGGUGUUGCGGGAGGAGUUCCGCACUCAGCAACCCCAGUUGCAGCAUCUGUCCGAUGUGGCGGCUGAUGUGUUAUCUCGUGUGCCAGCUGAUGCUCCCGACUCGGCCAAAAUCAACAGCAAACUUCGUGCCGUGCAGGAUCGCUGGAAUGACUUGUCAGCUCGAUUGGACGCGCGACUCGCCAGUCUUGGGGCUGCCGCUGAUACGACCAGGGAGUUCGAUGCUGCUCUCACCAGACUCAGAGACACGUUGCAAGCUAUUUCAGACCAGCUGGAUGAUGUGCCAACUGACCGUGAGCCUGAAGAACAGCUCAGGAAAGUACAGAUGCUUGAGCGUCAGUUGGAAGGUGCUCGUCCAUUGCUGGCUGAUCUGGAGAGUGCUGGAGCCGAUUUGUGUGCAGUUUUGUCCGAUCCAGCUAGUCGCGCCGAUAUUCAAGCCAAACUAUCGGCUGUUGACCGACAGUACAGCGCCCUGCAGAAGAAACUGGAUAUGCGUAAGGCGGAAAUUGAGAGCACACUGAGAGACGGCCGACAAUUCGAGGCCACUUGCGCCAAGAUGCUCGGCUGGCUGAGUGAGCAGAUUGCAACACUCAAUGAGAGAUUGCUAGUUUCGGCUGAUCGCGAUGUUUUGCAACAACAAGUUGACGCGCAUGAACCUAUCUACAAAGAGGUUCUACAAAAGGAACACGAAGUGAUCAUGCUGUUGAACAAGGGUCAUGAGCUGAUCUCGCGUGCAGCCAACUUGACUCCCCAGCGCACAGACACACGCAGCUUGCAGCGCGACGUCGAUAAGAUUCAACAGCUGUGGGAGCGACUACGCAAGGACGCGUCAGAGCGACAGACUCGUCUACAGACCUGUAUGGAGCACUGUCGCAAGUACUAUCGCGCGGCGGACGCGUUCACACCGUGGUUGGCGCAAGCUGAAGCCCGCCUGGAGUCGUUGAGACCUGACAGCUUCAAGAGAAGGGAUGUGGACAGGCAGCUGAGAGAGUUGUCUGCUUUCAGAAAUGAGGUGUGGAAGCGGUCUGGUGAAUUCGAAAACUCACGCUCCCAUGGCGAAACAUUUGUGGCAGCUUGCGAUGUCGACAAGGAAGUUGUGAAACAGGAAUUGGCAGCUAUGAAAACUCGAUGGGAUAAGUUGAACAAUGAGCUUCUCGAGAAGACACAGUGGCUCGAAGAGAUGUCAAGACGAUUGACCGACUUUGCAGAUCAGCUGAGAGAUCUCAAUCACUCAGUUCAAAGGUGUGAAGACAGACUCGCAUCCCAUGAUGCUAUUGGAGCAGCGGCUCGCGAUCCCAAAGCUCUCGAAAGAAUAAAGUCACUCCGAGAAGAGACGAACGCCCUGAGAAAGCCUCUAGCUGUGUUGAAGAAAUCAGCUGAUGAUUUGGUCUCUGAGGCAGCUGAAGUUGGAGUGUCUGAUGCAAGUCACCUCAGAGAUGAAGUUGACGCUAUUGGAGAACGGUUGGAUGAUCUACAAGGUCGUCUGGACGACCGCUGCAGCCGUCUGCAGUCAGCUGCAACAGCUGUAUCGCAGUUCAACGAUCUUGUCAAGACACUGGUUGUCGAUCUAAACUCUCUGGAGAACGAAUUGGAUACGAUGAAACCGCCGGGCAGAGAUCUGAAAACUGUUCGUACGCAGCAGGACGAUCUUGCUAGAUUGGUGGCGAAAAUAUCGCGGGCUGGAGAUGAGGUCAACAGAGCUGUCAACGCUGGAGAACAUCUUGUUGAUAGCGGUUUUGCCUUAGAUACAGCCGGCACUCGUGACCAAGUGGAAUCACUGAGUCGACAGUUGGGACGUCUCGAGGAACGAACUCGAGCACGCGAAGAAGAACUAUCCGACAUUCUCGACAAACUGCAAGACUUCUACAAGAACCAUUCCCGAGUUGUCGACGAUAUCACUCAGGCAGGUGAAGAUCUACGACGGUUGAGACCUGUUGGAUCCGAAGUUGAUGCCAUCAAAUCCCAGCAGGACGAGUUUGCUUCAUUCAGAAGAUCAACUGUUGAACCACUAUCCCAAGCUGUUGAUGAUAUUAACAGGAACGGCCAAGGCUUGAUCAGGUCAGCAGCGGGAGGAGUGAACACCAGUAUCCUGGAGAAGGACUUGGAAAAGAUGAACGAUAAGUGGAACGCUUUGAAGGAGAAGUUGAAUGAGAGAGAUAGGAGGUUGGAUGUCGGUUUGUUGCAGUCUGGAAAGUUCCAAGAAGCGUUGGAAGGUUUUGCUAAAUGGUUGAGUGACACUGAAGAAAUGGUAGCUAACCAGAAGCCGCCUUCUGCUGACUACAAGGUCGUCAAGGCGCAGUUGCAGGAACAGAAGUUCUUGAAGAAGAUGUUGGCCGACAGACAAAAUUCGAUGUCAUCGUUGUUUGCUAUGGGCAAUGAAGUUGCCGCUGAUGCCGAUGCCCAAGAACGCAAAGCAAUUGAGAGGCAGUUGAAGGAGCUGAUGUCCAGAUUUGAUAAGUUGUGUGAGGGUGCUGCUCAACGGUAUGACGCUCUCAUGGAGGCAAUGGCUGUCGCCAAAGACUUCCAGGAUAAACUUGUCCCAGUAACUGAGUGGCUAGAUCGUGCCGAGAAGAAGGUCAAAGACAUGGAACUUGUUCCCACUGACGAGGAAAAGAUCCAACAAAGAAUACGGGAACACGAUUCACUCCAUGAUGAGAUUCUUCGCAAGAAGACAGACCUCUCAGAACUCACCGAGGUCGGAAGCAAUCUUAUGGCGUUGGUUGGCGAGGAAGAAGCCUCAGCUACCGCUGAUAAGAUCCAGGACGCUGCUGAUCGGUAUGCUACCCUGGUGGACAGAUCGGAUGCCUUGGGUCAGUUACUGGAGGCAUCUCGUGCUGGCUUGAGACACCUUGUGCUCACCUAUCAAGACCUACAAGCCUGGAUGGAGAGCAUGGAGACAAGGCUGAACAGAUACAAGGUUCUUGCAGUCCACACCGAUAAGCUUUUGAUGCAGAUGGAGGAUUUGGCUGAUCUUACUGAAGAGGUUUCUAACCACCAAAACGAGGUUGACGGAACCGUUGAUUCCGGUCUGGAGCUGAUGAAGCACAUCUCAAGCGACGAAGCAAUUCAGCUGAAGGACAAACUGGAUAGCUUGCAGCGUCGCUACAAUGACCUCACUUCGCGUUGCUCCGACUUGCUCAAGCACGCUCAGGAUGCUCUGCCUUUGGUGCAGCAAUUCCACAAUGCACACAACAGUCUGGUGGACUGGAUGCUUGGUGCCGAGGCUCAGUUGCAAGUGGCUGAGCCGUCUGAGGACGAAAUUAGAAGGUUGGAGCAAGACGUCCAGGAAUUCAGACCUGUCCUGGAGACGGUGAACCUUGUCGGACCUCAACUGUGUCAGAUCUCACCCGGAGAGGGAGCUGCUACCAUUGAAGGCUUGGUCACCAGAGAUAACCGGCGAUUCGAUGCCAUCGCUGAACAAGUUCAAAGGAAAGCAAUGCGUCUCCAGCUUUCAAAGCAGCGCUCUCUGGAGGUGAUUGGUGAUAUCGAUGAUCUUCUUGAUUGGUUCCGUGAGGUUGAGACCCAACUGCGGGAGGCAGAACCUCCAUCUUCUGAGCCUGACGUCGUCAGACUCCAGUUGAAGGAGCAUAAGGCACUCAACGAUGACAUCUCCGGACAGAAAGGACGAGUUCGUGAUGUAUUGUCCACAGCCAAGAAGGUCCUUCGAGAGUCGACCCAGCACAACGAUGACACGACCGCAAUACGUGAACGCACCGAAGAUCUGCGUGAGACAAUGGAGACAGUUUCGGCGCUGUCCAGUGACCGCCUCGGCGCCCUAGAGCAAGCGUUGGCUCUGGCUGAGCAUUUCGGCGAAACCCAUGCUGGACUAUCGGCCUGGUUGGAUGACACCGAACGGCAUGUGGCUAUGCUGGCUUUGCCUGCCCUCAGGCCUGACCUCAUAGCUGCACAGCAGGACAAACAUGAGCUGCUUGUGCAUGCUGUCAAUGAGCAGAGACCUCUUGUCGAUAAACUCAACAAGACUGGAGAGGCUCUUAUCAAGCUAUGCGGAGAAGACGAUGGAGCUAAAGUGCAAGAUGCCUUGGAUUCAGAUAAUGCACGAUAUGCGGCUCUGAAGGCCGAGAUUAGGCAGAGACAGCUUGCUCUGGAAAAAGCUCUGCAGGAGUCGAGUCAGUUCUCAGACAAGUUGGAAGGUAUGUUGCGUGCACUUGCCCAAACUGCAGACCAGGUUUCAUCGGCUGAGCCGAUAUCGGCGCAUCCACCGCGCAUUCGUUCUCAGUUGGAUGAAAAUGGCGCAUUGGUCGAAGACCUUGGUAGGAGGGAGGAAGCCUUCCAGGCUGUCAGACGCGCUGCCAAUGACGUCAUCAACAAGGCUCCAACAGCUGAUCCAGCUGUCAAAGACAUCAAACGUAAACUGGAACGCCUCAAUUCUCUGUGGAACGAGGUUCAGACAGCCACCAGCGAUCGCAGUCGCUCUCUCGAAGAUGCAUUGGCGAUCGCUGAGCGAUUCUGGGAUGAGCUGCAAGCGGUCAUGGCCACGCUCAGAGAUCUGGAAGACAGUCUCACUGCCCAAGAACCACCUGCGGUCAGGCCUCAGGCCAUCCAGAGACAGCAGUCGGCGUUGCAGGAGAUCAAAUCUGAAAUGGAUCAUGCCAAACCAGAGGUUGAAGCAUGCAGGCAAACGGGUCAAAGUUUGAUGCGCGUAUGUGGAGAACCAGAUAAGCCAGAAGUGCGAAAGCACAUGGAAGAUUUGGAUUCGGCCUGGGACAAUGUGACAGCUCUGUUUGCAAAACGCGAGGAGAAUCUCAUCCAUGCUAUGGAGAAGGCAAUGGAAUUCCACGAAACUCUCCAGGAAUUGCUAGAUUUCCUGGACAAAGCUGAAGACAAAUUCUCGAAACUUGGUCCAUUGGGUGCCGAUAUCGACGCUGUCAAGAAACAAAUCAAUCAGUUGAAGGCCUUCAAAUCUGAGGUUGAUCCACACAUGGUGAAAGUUGAAGCUCUGAACAGUACUAUCAAGAGGCAAGCUCAAGAACUAACCGAGCGCACGAGUGCUGAACAAGCGGCGGCGCUGCGUGAACCCCUGGCCCGCGUCAACCAGCGCUGGGAUGACCUGCUACGCGGAGUGGUCGAAAGGCAGCGACAGCUGGAGAACGCAUUGCUGCGUCUCGGUCAGUUCCAGCACGCCUUGGCUGAGCUGAUGGCUUGGAUCGACGGCACCGAAAGAACGCUUGACCGCGAGCUCAAGGUUGCUCCUGGCGAUCCUCAGCUGUUGGAGGUUGAGUUGGCCAAACUGAAGGUGUUGGUGAACGAUAUACAGGCUCACCAGUCCAGUAUAGAUACAUUGAACGAUGCUGGACGACAGAUUAUAGAACAAGGCAAGGGAACUGAUGAGGCGUCUUCCACUCAUGAAAAGUUGACCACACUCAAUAGGAGGUGGCGAGAGUUACUUCAGAAGGCAGCUGACAGGCAAGGUGAACUUGAGGAAGCCUUACGAGAUGCUCACCGCUUCUCAGCUGAGUUACAAGAUCUGCUCUCCUGGUUGGGAGAGGUUGAUGGCAUAAUCGCUGCUUCGAAACCUGUUGGUGGGUUGCCCGAAACGGCAAGUGAGCAGCUAGAACGAUUCAUGGAAGUGUACAACGAGCUGGAAGAAAACCGGCCCAAAGUGGAAACGGUCCUACAGCAAGGAACCGAUUACCUCACCAAGGCUCAGCCCGGUGCAGCUUCCAAUCUAGCCACCAAUGUCCGCACUCUCAAGCAGCGCUGGGAGAGUGUGACGGCGCGCGCCAAUGACAAGAAAAUCAAACUGGAGAUCGCACUCAAAGAGGCAACGGAAUUCCACGAUGCAUUGCAGGCGUUUGUGGAUUGGUUGACGUCCGCCGAGAAGACGCUAGCUGGACUGAAACCAGUGUCCAGGGUGCUGGCUACUAUACUCGAGCAGAUAGAGGAGCAUAAGGCAUUCCAAAAAGAGGUAGGAGUCCACCGAGAAACCAUGCUCCACCUGGAUAAGAAGGGCACGCAUCUCAAGUACUUCAGUCAGAAGCAGGAUGUGAUUCUGAUCAAGAACCUGUUGAUCAGCGUGCAGCACAGGUGGGAGCGUGUCGUGUCCAAGAGUGCUGAGCGCACACGUGCCCUAGAUCACGGCUACAAGGAGGCGCGCGAAUUCCACGAUGCCUACUCCAACCUCAUGAACUGGCUCAACGACACCGAAAAGGGACUCGAUGAGCUAGAGAAGGAGGCUAGCAGUAUUGGCAAUGAUCCUGACAGAAUAAAGGCCCGUCUAGCGAAACACAGGGAAUUGCAGCGAGCACUGAGUGGCAAGCAGGCCACCUAUGACGCCACCAUGAGAGCUGGAAAGUCUCUGAAGGAGAAAGCGCCCAAAUCAGACGAACCCGCGCUUCGACAGAUGAUGAAUGAUCUGAAGGAGAAAUGGAACUCCGUUUGUGCCAAGUCUGUUGACCGUCAACGGAAACUGGAGGAGGCUUUGCUGUACUGUGGACAGUUCAAGGAUGCUCUGGAAGCAUUAGCCGACUGGCUGAAGAAAGUCGAACGAGAGCUGUCCGAGGAUACGCCGGUUCACGGUGACCUGGACACUGUUACCGCACUGGUUGACCAACACAAGGCGCUGCGAGAGGAGCUGACAUCGCGCUCGGCUCAGAUGGAGUCUGUUCGCACCACAGCCGAUGAACUGGCAAGGAAGGCAAGUCCCGCCGACGCACAGACCCUGAGGAACCAGGUCGGUGAACUGAACUCGCUCUGGACGAGAACCAACCGGCUGGCUGAGAGAAAAACGCAGCGGCUUGAGGAAGCACUCAAGGUUGCUGAAACACUGCACAAACGAGUUCACAUGCUUCUGGAAUGGUUGUCUGAUGCAGAGAUGAAGUUGCGAUUUGUCAACUCUCUUCCUGAUGAUGACCAGGAAACAAGAAACCAAUUGGCUGAACAUGCCAAGUUCAUGAGAGAAAUGAUGGAGAAGGAAGUAGAGAAGGAUGCAACCAUUACAUUAGCGCAACAAAUCCUUGCUAAAGCUCAUCCUGACGCUGUAUCUGUUAUCAAGCACUGGAUAACCAUAAUCCAGGCUCGUUGGGAUGAAGUAUCCACAUGGGCUAAACAGCGAGAGACACGCCUUGACGAGCAUCUGCGAUCACUGCAAGACCUUGAUGCUCUUCUGGAAGAACUGCUUGCUUGGCUUGCCGGUCUAGAGAGCACACUCAUGACUCUGGAAGCCGAACCGUUGCCUGAAGACAUUCCCACUGUGGAAGGCUUGAUCCGUGACCAUCACGAAUUCAUGGAGAACACGGCUCGUCGUCAAGGCGAAGUCGAUUCCGUGAUCAAGGCUCGUACCGUGCAGCCUCCCGCACCCUCAGCUACAAGCACGCCCAGAAAAACUUCGGCGAAACGACUGUCUGCGGCCUCGAAGGACGAGCUUACGGACAGCACUUUGGAUUUACAAGACACAGCACGCAAGAACAGUUUGAGAGCAUCGCGAGACAAUCUCCUUGAAAGGCGUGGAAGCCGAUCGAGCCCAACCAGAGAAUUGAGACCUGCUGAGGGACUGCCACACUAUGGGCCAAGAUUCCCACCUAAGGGCAGCAAGGGAUCAGAACCGGUGUUUAGAAGCCCACGAUGCCGCUUGCUGUGGGAUAGGUGGAGGGGUGUUUGGCUCCUAGCUUGGCAGAGACAGCGCAGAUUGCAGGAACGACUCAACUAUCUCCAAGAACUCGAAAGGGUCAAGAACUUCUCAUGGGACCAAUGGAGGAAGAAGUUCCUAAAGUUCAUGAACCACAAGAAGUCGCGCCUCACUGAUCUGAUGCGUAAGAUGGAUAAGAACAACGACGGAUUGAUCCCGAGAGACGACUUCGUCGAUGGCAUCAUUCGAACCAAGUUUGACACCAGUCGGCUCGAGAUGUCAGCCGUUGCCGACAUGUUUGAUCAUAACGGUCAGUUGGUGAUCAUCUCAAUUUAUGUAACAUUUGGUGACAGUCAAAAGCUAAGACUGGUCCGUAUCCUGCGUUCAACUGUUAUGGUGCGAGUUGGAGGUGGAUGGGUUGCACUUGAUGAGUUCCUUGUCAAGAACGAUCCAUGCAGGGCCAAAGGACGCACCAACGUCGAGCUCAGGGAACAGUUCAUCCUGGCUGAUGGUGUGUCACAGUCCAUGUCCGCGUUCAAGCCGAAAGCCAGUCCAGGGUCGCAGCGAUCGCUGUCUCUCUCGUCUGGUGCUCAGGGCCCCAUCACUAAGGCGUUAGUAGUUUGUUCAAUAGACUUUUCAGUACCUUGCCUUCUCAAUAUUUGUGGGUGCAAAACCGAAGAAUAUCUCAGCGUGCUGAUGCCGAUAUUUGAGUCUCUCAGACAGAAAGAGUCGCUGCCCUGUUCUUACCCAUUAGCCGUGGGAGGAAGACAGACCACUUCAGCUCCGUUCGUCUGCCAUAUGGUUCGCGAGCGUAGCGCGCGCAGUGUCCCCAUGGGCAAGACAGCAACUGGAAGAACAGGAACUCCUGAUUCACUCUCCGACACUGAGGGAUCACCGUUGUAUGCGCGAACACCUGUGCGCAAAGGAUCAUCGUCAGCUAGACGAUCUUCAGCUACUCCGGGUGGUAGCCUCCCCGGAUCAAGACCAGCUAGUCGUCAAGGAAGUAAGCCUCCCAGCAGACAUGGCUCGAAUCUCUCAUUAGCUAGUUCAGAUGAUGGAACACCCAGCCGUAUACCAAGGAGAUCGGUACCAGCAUCCAGAUCAAGUGGCACCACCACACCAACUGCUAGAAAAUUGACAGCACCUUCCAUAAAUGGUCGCACAAGAUCUCCGUCCACAACACCAGCUACCAAGUCAUCAAUGCACCGUGCGUCUAGUAUACCGACACUAUCUGGUGUCAAUUCUAGUCGGUCGAGGAUUCCUGUGUUUGUGGGAAGUCCUGACUCUCCAAUUGGUCCUCCACCUCCUCAUUCAGCCUCUUCUUCUUCUGGCUGGAUGUCUGGAAUUCCUACUACACCUUCGUCUAAUAUACCGAGGCUAAUCAGGACGCGCACACCGUCCGGCUCUUCAACUCCUGUGCCGUCAGGAAUGGGUGCCACCGCAACUUCGAAACUUCUCCGCCGCACGUCAGGUGCGGCUGACACAGCCACUGGCACGGCUAGAAAAUCGUCAUCAGCUGCUGGCAGGUCGUCUGCCACUACACCUGACUCCAAACCAGCUCCAUUCAGACUUUGAGUUACCCGUUGAAAGCGAUUGCCACAUGAUUGAGCUAACUACCACCUAGUAUUCAAGUAUUUCGAUAAGGCAAUAGACCUCUCCUCCCACGAUCAACACGAUGCGGGCUUGUGCAAAGUACCAAUAAGCUCAACACUAGAACUCUUCAAUGAGUUCGUUCUGAAACGAUCAUCUAAACUUACUAUGAGUAGAGAAAUCUACUGAAAAUUAUUUUACUGACAGUUAAUCACCAUUUUUCUUCAAUGUAUUUUUAUCAAAUGCAUUCAAGUUAUACAAUAUUUAAAUAUUAUACAAUUUACAACUAACGAAGAAUAUAAUUCAUAUUCAAUGUUCUUUCUAGAUAGUGGAAUUUGUUUCGCUCAAAUAUUUUAGAAUCUUAUUCAAUAACUCAAAUUAAAUUAUCUUUUACUGAAACUGGUCAAAGUCGACCGCGUAAGAGACUAACCUAUAAAGACAAUUAUGUUCAUUCCAAUUUAUUUAACAGAUAUGUGUAAUUUUCUUGUUGUUUCUAUUUAUAUGUAUAGAUUUAUAAAUAUGUGUACUGUUAAUUAUUACUAACAGUGUAUUCGCAAAGUUAUCAUACUCAUACACAUAACCAAAUUAACUAACUAAUUAAGUUCGAUGUUUUCUUUGAGACUGUAAAUUGUAAAUUUAUAAGCAGUGGGCCAUAAUCUUAGGUAAUGAAACUAUUCUAUUUAAAUCUUUAAUGUUUUUGCUGUUUCCUGUAAAGUUUCAAUCGGCUUCUCACUUGAAUAUUAGAGGAGCUGAUCAGUUCUCACACUGUUGUUAUUAUAUAGAUGAAUUUACAAUUUGCAAACGGAUGUUUGUAUCGUUGCGCCAAAGGUAUAGCAGUUUUUUAUCAUGUAAAAAAGUUAUAAAUAAGUACGUUUUUCAUGGAUAUGCGGUGAGAAUUUGAAGGUUGUAAGUUGUAGAAAUUUCAAUAAAGAUAAAAAUGCCUUCGCAAACGGUUUUGUAUUUCCACAAAGUUUUGUACGAGAUGUUUGAAAUCAUAAUGUGAAUUUAUAUGAAAAACGAAUUCGAACUAUUUAUUUAACUAUAAAGCCUAUAUAUAUUUUACUUAUUUAUAAGUACUACCAAAAGAAUUAAUAACAAUAACUUAAUCACAGUGAUAAUAUCGUUUUUUGUUAAUAAACAUUUGAAAAACUA